GACAUGAAGUGGAUACUGUUCUUUGGGGCCCUUAUUGGGCCCAGCAUCUGUGGCCGAGAAAAGUUUUUUGGGGACCAAGUUUUUAGGAUUAACGUCAGAAAUGGAGACGAGAUCAGCAAACUAAAUCAGCUAGUGAAUUCAGACAACUUGAAGCUCAACGUCUGGAAAUGUCCCUCAACUUUUGGUCUUCCUGUGGAUGUCCUGGUCCCAUCUGUCAGUCUGCAGCCAGUCAAAUGCUUCCUGGAGUCCCAGGGCUUAGAGUACUCAGUGACAAUUGAAGACCUGCAGGCCCUUUUAGAUAAAGAAGGUGAAGAACUACAACACAAUGAAAGGCAAGAACGGAGCAGUAAUAAUUUCAACUAUGGGGCCUAUCAUUCUCUGGAAUCUAUUUACCAUGAAAUGCACAGCAUUGCUAGCGAUUUUCCUGACUUGGCGAGCAGGGUGAAGAUUGGACAUUCGUUUGAAAACCGGUCGAUUUAUGUACUGAAGUUCAGCACUGGAAAAGGCAGGCAGCGUCCGGCCAUUUGGCUGAAUGCAGGCCUCCACUCCCGGGAGUGGGUCUCACAGGCCACGGCGAUCUGGACCGCAAGGAAGAUUGUAUCUGAUUACGGGAAGGAUUCAGCUAUCACCUCCAUCUUGGAGAAAAUGGAUAUUUUCUUGUUGCCUGUGGCCAAUCCUGACGGAUAUGUAUACACGCACACUCACAACCGAUUUUGGAGGAAGACACGGUCCCUAAAUCCUGGAAGUUCCUGCAUUGGUGUUGAUCCAAAUAGAAAUUGGAAUGCUAGUUUUGCAGGAGAGGGAGCCAGUAGCAAUCCUUGCUCCGAAGUGUACCAUGGACUCCAUGCCCAUUCGGAAGUGGAGGUGAAAUCAGUGGUAGAUUUCAUUCAAGAACACGGGAAUUUCAAAUGCUUCAUUGAUCUGCAUAGCUACUCGCAGCUGCUCAUGUAUCCAUAUGGGUACACACAAAAAAAGGCCCCAGAUGCUACAGAGCUGGACAAGGUGGCAAAGCAUGCAGCCAAAGUUCUGGCUUCCCUGUCGGGCACAAAGUACCAAGUGGGCUCUACCAGCACCACUGUCUAUCAAGCUAGCGGGAGCAGCAUUGACUGGGCGUAUAAUAAUGGCAUCAAGUAUGCAUUCACUUUUGAGUUGAGAGACACUGGGCAAUAUGGCUUCCUCCUGCCAGCUGACCAGAUCAUUCCCACCGCAGAGGAGACCUGGCUGGGGCUGAAGACCAUCAUGGAGCAUGUGCGGGACCACCUGUACUAGAUGAGGAGCCCCACUCUGUCUACACUUCUUCAUCUCUACGUAUGCACAGCACACAGAAGCCACUGUUAAAGGGACCUUGUUCCUUCACGAGUGAGUCAGCGCCCUCUAGCUUUGUAGAGAACACAGGUCAGCCCUUCUCCUGCCCCCACUUGCUGAAGUUCGAACAUUCUGGUGGUGAACCUGAGAGAAGCGCGUGUGUCACCUGCCAUAUUUUGGUCCUGCUGUUUCACUGAGCCCUUUGUAUGCUUUUCUUUCUUCGCAGCUGGUUAGGCAGGCCACACUUAGGAUCGCCCCUUACUGAGUGGCAUGUCUCUACCUCAUUUUUAGAACAAAAGGAUAUCUGAGAUGGUCCUCUAGCCUCAUCCAAUCUAGCCAAGCUGGUGCCCUUGCUCUUGUGGGGGCCCCAAGGGAGGCACGGUGGUCUCAAAGAUGAUGCAGAUCCUCCAAUAAUUUAUCUCAGUCCUUCUGGAGCAUAUUUUUCUUUGAAAAACAAAUCCUUCAGGGUCAUCGAUAUAGGUCAUCCCUCCCCCACAUUUUUUAUUUUUGUGUGUUUCUGUCUGAAUACAAAGUAGAGGGUCACUUCUUAUCACCGGGCCAAAAAUUCCCAGAUGCUACAGUACAGUUCUGAUCAUGGUCUUCCCUUUAUUAUUCAAUGUAACUGGGAUCCCAGAAGGGCAUCUGUGUCACUACAGAUACUGCUCACCCAGAAACCCUGGAUAAAGUGAUGAUCUAAUAGCAGGAUUGCUAAAUUAUCCCCAUCUGUCCUAAUGGGCUUACCUCCACUUUACCUUUUGAACUCACUUCAAAGAUCUUGCCCUCACACUACAGGUCCUAAAUCACUCCUCUGGCCUGGAUAAUCUCACUACCCUGGCACAUCCCUCUUUGUGCUCUGGUGUGCCUUGUGUUUCCUUCCUCUGUUUUGUUUUGUUUGGUUUUGUUGGUCUUUAAAGUCAUCGUCUUCUAUUUUGCAUCCUGUACCAAGGUGGAGCAAGGAUUCAUCAGUCAGGUUUCUCUUGUUCCAUCCCUCCUUAGCAUGUACCAUCUGCACCUUCCCUUUCUUUUUUCUUUUUUUCAAAUAUGUCUGUAAAUCUUAUCCUUCUGCCUAGGAUUUGUGCAGCAUCUGGUGUGUGCUCAUAA